AUGCAGAACGCAGAGAUAUUCACUCUGACUUAUGGGUCCAUGGUCAGGCAGCUCAUUGCGGAUCUUGAAGAUGUAAAUGAAGUCAACAAGCAGCUGGACACCAUGGGCUACAACAUUGGCAUUCGGCUCAUAGAUGAGUUCCUGGCAAAGUCCAAGACGGGCAAAUGCGUUGAUUUCAGGGACACUGCCGACAAGAUUGCAAAGGUCGGCUUCAAAAUGUUCCUCAACACGUCAGCAGCGGUUGCAAACUGGAACGCUGACAGUACUGAGUGCAGCCUGAUUCUGGAGGACAACCCCUUGACUGAUUUUGUGGAGCUGCCAGAGAGCUAUUCAGGCCUCAUCUACUGCAAUGUCCUGUGCGGCGUGAUUCGGGGAGCUCUUGAGAUGGUGAACAUUACUGUAUCAUGCAGUUUUGUAAAGGACGUGCUGAGAGGAGAUGAUGUGUCAGAGUUGCGGUUGAAGCUGCUGUCACAGAUGCAUGAGAUAUAUCCAUACAGGGAAGAUGACUAG